UUGGGCCGCAGCUUCUUGAUUUAGUGAAUGGUAAAAGUUGGAAGCCGAUUCCUCCCAUUUCCCGACUUUCCUCCUCGGCUUUUCUCUACCGGCGCACUGUCCGUCUCUUUGUCGGAAGCCGCGCCGCCGUUGCCGACCACGCAUUUGGCCGGACGGCACGUCGCCGCGUGAGUCGUGACUCCACUCCAUUAGACGCCGCAACUCCUCUGCGAGCCUCAGACGCAGCAGCAGCAGCGCCGCCUCUUCUCCAGUCGCGUCGUGCAUCCUCCGAGCUCCGGCACUCUGCGACGUUUCCGAAGAUUAGUCCAAUUCUCGCAGCGAGUCCACCAUUGUUUGCUUGUGACCAUUGCGCUUAUUUUUAAUUUUUGGUUUAAUAUUAGAGGCGGAAGGAAUCGGGUUAUGAACAAAUUUUCACUGCGUGGUUGCAGGCGUUUCUCUAGCGGGAAAGAUUUACUUUUCGAUGCGAACAAGUAUUUAACCGAGCUGCUGAAAUCGGGCCGAAUUGAUGAUGCGAGGAAACUGUUCGAUGAAAUGCCUAACAGAGACGAGGUUACUUGGAACGCGAUGAUCGCCGGGUACGGGAAUUCAGGGAGGCUCGUUGAUGCACGGAAACUGUUUGAUGAAGCCCCCAAACGCGGUGCAAUCACAUGGUCGUCACUUGUUUCCGGGUACUGCAAAAUGGGAUGCGAGGCCGAGACUUUUAAGUUGAUCUACGAAAUGCAGCUCGAUGGAUUCAAGCCUCGUCAUUUUACUUUAGGAAGUGUGCUGAGAAUGUGUUCUAUAAAGGGUCUGAUCUCAAGAGGUAAGCAGAUUCAUGGUUCUGCCGUGAAGACUGGAUUGGAUAUGGAUGCGUUCGUUGUCACCGGCCUUAUUGAUGUCUAUGCAAAGUGUUUGUGCAUCGUGGAUGCAAGAGAUCUCUUCGAGAGCAUGCCUGGGGAGAGGAAUCACGUGACCUGGACUGCGAUGAUCACGGGGUACUCUCAAAACGGUGAUGCUGAUGGAACAUUGCGGUGUUUUAGGGACAUGAGGGCAGAAGGGGUUGAGGCUAACCAGUACACGUUCCCGGGAGUGUUGGUAUCGUGUGCAGCCGUUUGUGAUCUUAGAUACGGGGCGCAGGUGCAUUCUUGCGUUGUUCGUGGUGGUUUUGAGGCUAAUGUGUUUGUGCAGAGUGCGUUGAUUGAUAUGUACACGAAAUGUGGGGAUCUGAGCAGUGCUUGGAGGGUGGUGGAGGCGAUGGAGGUUGAUGAUUUGAUCUCUUGCAAUGCCAUGAUUGUCGGAUGCGUGAGACAGGGUUGCCCCGAGCAAGCUCUGGCUUUGUUUAGAACGAUGCACGCGAAAAGCAUGAAACUUGAUGUGUUUACUUAUCCCUCUGUGUUAAACUCUGUUGCCUUGAUCAAGGAAGUGAGCACCGGUAAGGUUGUUCACUCUUUGGUUGUGAAAUCUGGUUUUGAAGGUUAUACGCUCGUGACCAACGCGCUCAUAGAUAUGUAUGCUAAACACAAGGACUUUGAUUCUGCAUUGAGAGCGUUUGAUGAUUUGGUGGAGAAGGAUGUGAUAUCAUGGACUUCCCUCAUCACUGGUUGUGCUCAUAAUGGUCUAUAUGAAGGAGCUCUUAAGAUGUUUUGUCGAAUGCGGAGAGAUGGAACGGCCUCUGAUCGCGUUCUUGCUUCCACCGUGAUGAGUUCUUGUGCUCAGUUGGCUCUGCUGGAUUUAGGGCAACAAGCUCAUGCAAACUGUGUGAAAUCUGGGCUUGAUGAUUCACCUUCAGUUGAUAACUCUCUCGUCUCAUUCUAUGCUCACUGUGGGUGUUUGGAGGAUGCGAAGAAGGCGUUCGACUCAAUGAGAACACGAAAUGUGGUGUCGUGGACUGCAUUGAUCGUUGGCUACGCGCAAAAUGGCGAGGGGAUGAAGUCCCUCCAGCUCUACGACGAAAUGAGGGCUGCUGGCGUUGAGCCCGACUUCAUCACUUUCAUAGGGUUGCUGUUCGCCUGCAGCCACGCGGGUCUGGCUGAACGAGGGCGAUGCUACUUCGACUCCAUGGUUAGAGAUCACGGGAUAAGGCCCGGCCACGAUCACUACGCGUGCAUGAUCGAUCUUUUGGGAAGAUCGGGGAGAAUCGAGGAAGCAGAGAAGCUGCUUAGUGAGAUGGAAUUCGAGCCUGAUUCAACUAUAUGGAAAUCCCUGCUCUCUGCCUGCAGAAAGCAUGGAGAUAUUGAUCUUGCAAAGAGAGCAGCAGCAGCUCUGAUCGAAAUGGAACCUCAAGAUCCUGCGGCUUAUGUGUUGCUCUCAAAUAUGUAUUCUUCAGUUGGGAAGUGGGAAGAAGCUGCUUCGAUCCGGAGCUCGAUGAAGGCGAAGGGCGUCGUGAAAGAGCCCGGCCGGAGCUGGGUGGAGAUGAGCAGCACGGUCCACACCUUCACCUCCGAUGACCGGAGCCAUCUAGAGGCGGCCGUGAUCUACUCAAAGGUCGACGAGGUGUUGACGUCGAUCAAGGCAGCCGGCUACGUCCCCGACAUGAGCUUCUCCCUUCACGACAUCAACGAGGAGGGGAAGGCGCACGGCCUCGCCUACCACAGCGAGAAGCUGGCGUUGGCGUUCUGCCUCCUCAAGCUGCCCGAGGCCGCGCCAGUCCGGAUUUACAAGAACGUCCGUGUCUGCGGCGACUGCCACGCCGCGAUGAGGUUCGCGUCGAGGGUUUAUCGGCGGCGUAUCGUUCUCAGAGAUUCAAACCGGUUUCAUCAUUUUAAAGAAGGGGAGUGUUCCUGCAAUGACUAUUGGUAGAGUUGGUGCUGCAUUUCCUUUUUCUAGUAGAAAUUGAAUCAAGUUAAUUACUCCAAAAGGAAGAUUAUGUUUGUAAAUUCAGAAGUGCUUAUGAAUGAUUAUGUUUGUAAGUGUAAUUUUUUUUUCUUUCCUAAAGUUGUUUUGAGGUGAAAAUAGUUUCUUUCA